AUGAGUCUUUUAUGUUGGAACUGUCGGGGGCUUGGGAACCCCCGAACAGUUCGAGUUCUUCACCAUUUGGUGAAAGAGAAGAAACCCAAUGUUGUUUUCCUUAUUGAAACUCUGUGUAGAGGUAAUACCAUGGAGAAAAUUAUAUGUAAACUGGGCUUUGAAGGGCUUUUUGUGGUCAACCCGAUUGGUAGAAGUGGGGGCUUAGCAUUAUUGUGGAAGGAGAACCUUUUUCUGGAGAUCUUUAAUUACUCCCGCCAGCAUAUAAAUGCUAUCAUACGUAAUGAAGAUGGAAGCCCAGGAUGGAAGUUUACUGGCUUCUAUGGAUUUCCCAAUGCUGCUAGACGAUGGGAAUCAUGGGAACUAUUGAGACUCCUCAAGACUUUUCAGCCUUCAGCCUGGUUGUGUGCAGAGGACUUUAACGAGAUUCUUGAUCAAUCAGAGAAACAGGGGGCAGCUUUAAGACGUAUCUCUCAGAUUAACCAGUUCAGGAGGGCGCUAGAAGAUUGUGAUCUCAGUGACCUAGGCUUCUCUGGGCCUCGGUAUACUUGGUGCAAUAACAAGAGAGAUGAUAACUUUCCUCAGGAAAGGCUUGACAGAGCGGUUGCCAACACGGAAUGGUGUUCCAGAUUCAAUUACGUGAGGGUUCAAGUUUUGGAAGCUAUUUGUUCGGACCACAAUCCGAUCCUUAUUUUGUUUAAUGACGUGCCCUAUGAGACGGGGCCUUCGCGUCGGGCUUUCAAGUUUGAAGCCAAAUGGCAGCUGGAUCCUGAAUGCAAUGACAUCUCUAAAGCAGCUUGGGAGCAGGAGGUUUUGGAGUCUAACCAGUUGAAGGAUAUUCGGGCCCGCCUCUCAGCUUGCCAAAGAGAUCUUACACGGUGGAGUAAAGCAAAAUUUCGUAGAGAUGCAGAAUUACUGAAACAGAAAAGUAGGAGACUUCUUGAAUUGCAAGGAACCAAUAGCCCGAACCAAAUUGAGGAUAUCAAGCAGAUCCAAAAGGAUAUUGAUACUUUUCUUAAACGUAGUAAGAUGCUCAUGCUGAAACCCCACCUUGAUGCAUUGACAUUUGUCCAUGUAUAUUGA